GGUAGCGGUAGCGGUAGCAGUAGCAGCAUCACUAGCAAUAAUAGCCGUAGCAACAACAACAUUAGUAGCAGCAACGAGUACGAUAAGGGGUCUUUCGUCACCAGUGCCCCGGCGCUACUUCGCGCGUAUCCAUAAUGGCGAUAGCGAAAAUUAAGAGUUUUCUAGACACGAGUCUGAAAACGGUCUCGACGCCCCUCGAGCGGACAACGAGUACUCUGGAGCCGGAAGUUGGCUUGCGAAUCGUUCAUUCGCCCAACGAUAAGAAUCUAAGGGUGACGGUACUUGGUGCUCGGCACCUGCCCCAGAACUUCGGUUUCACGCGCGUCAACAGUUACGUCGUCAAGGUAAAACUUAUUCCUGGUAAAGAAAAAUUCGAAACCACGACGCGCAAUGAAUCAUGGCCUCAGUGGAACGAGGAAUUCGUGUUUUCCUUACGAAAAGAGAUAAAGACGAAAUUUGGUAAAUCGAAAAUCGUGGAGGAAGAAAUCGGGGCAUCCAAAUUUAUGGUUGCAACACUAUAUGCCAUAUUAGAAGACAAACCAUUGAUAGCUACUGAGAAAAAAGAAAAUGAAAAGGAUAAUAAAGGGAAGGACAAGAAGGAGACGAAGAAGAAGGAGAGCCGGAAUCCCGGAAACGCCACGAUGGCGCCAGAGCAGUCCAAAAGUGGUAGGCUGUUUGGCCAAUUUUUUGGCAAGGGGUCGGACAAGAUUAGCGAGUCCGUGGGCUCGGAAAGGAAGGCUUUCGAAAAACGGCGAACAAUUGGGGCAACAACGAUUCCCCUCGAUCAACGGAAUUUCACGACUAAGCCGAUUAAGCCCAAACAUCCGCAGGAUGUCUCGACUGGCGACAUGUGGAGGACUCUUAAGCCCAUUUCCAGCGGCAUUUCCGGGGCCGAAGAACGCAGGGAGAACAAGAAAGGCCAGGUGGAGGUAUCACUGUGCCAGGAGAGGAGCGAUAAGAAGGACGUGAGCAACGGUAGACUGGUGCUGACGUUGCUGCGACUGCGUUGCUCCCUGCAGUCGAUGCACGAGCACGAGGGCCUCAAGGGCCAAAUGUACAUAAAGAUGUCGGUGGUAGAUGGGGCCCGUGUGACGCACUUUUGGAAGAGCGAUCGCUUCGCGCCCUGCGUCACCAUGAAAUUCGACGCCGAGCAAGCGCAGGUCAUUGCGGAGAAUCACUACGAGGGUGCCUUCAACGACGUUAGCUUCGUUAUCAAAUUCGUCUCGAAGAACAAGAUCGGUAAGAAAAUUACUGUCGGGCAUUUUGUAAUUGGAUCAGAAGUUGGUGGUGCAUAUAGUGAUCAAUGGAAGCAAGCUUUAGCUAAACCAGGACAGCAAAUCGUGAAAUGGCAGUCUUUCGAAUAAAAAGAUCUGGAGCGCUUCAUUAUGUUUACCGUUUAUUUUAAAUGAAUCUUUUAGAAUCUUGUCCUCAAUGAUCUCGUUUCAUUGAAAAAUAAUUUCUUACACUAAUUGACGUUAUGCUGAUAUAAGUGAAUUAGCAUAUUUUAUACCUUACUUAUAAUUAUUACGAUA